AUGGUUACAGCAGCAUACCCAGAAAUUCAAAAGUAUCUUGAAGCUAACGAUUUUAAGAAUAUCCUCAGUUGGUGUACAGAGAAUGAAUUGAGAUUACAACAAGACAAGUUUGUCAAAUAUUACAAUGUAUUUUUAAUCAAUUAUCUCAUUGCCAAUGAUAUUACAAAUGCUAGAUUCUUAUGGAAUAGAAUCCCAUCAGAAAUCAAAGGUGCCGAUCCACAUUUAAAGACCAUUUGGGCACUCGCUAAAUACAUUUCACAACUCAAUUAUGCUCAUAUCUAUAAACAUCUUGCUAUCAACUUUGGUCCAGAAUUGGCUCCAUUUAUUAAUGAAUUGAAAGUAUCAUUCCAAAGACGUGUAUUUGAUUUAAUUUCAAACUCUUAUUCAAACAUUUCAAUUAAAGAUGCCAGUUUAUAUUUGGGAAUUUCACCAGAGGAAGUCGUUAGAUUCACCCAAACCAAUGGUUGGGAAAAGGAUCCAUCAUCGGAUUCCGUCAAACCAGUUCCAGUCAAACCAGUCGAACAAGUUGGAAAUGGAACAAAGAAGAUUCACUCUCUUACCGACUAUAUUAAACAUGUUAGAAUUGAAGAGUUUUAA